AUGCUUCGAGACCAUUAUGCCGAUGAGGACCUCAAGUUGUUGAGGAUCGAACGCCUCGACGGCAGCAGAAUAUCCCUGGACGAGUGCUAUAUCAACCUCGCUGUUGUUCGAGCCUCCGGGGACAAUGCUUUAGGAACGGAUUCCGACACUCCAUCGCCGUCUCCCUUCUCUAUCCUACGCCGCCUGGAUAUCUGGGAGCCGCCAAAGUCGGAACGUGUCGACUUGGAAACAUUAUUCGAGAGGAGAAACGGUGUAUCAGUUGGCGCAGCGAUGGACGGCUCUUCUCGUGAUAUUCCCAUGCGAAUCCUCAUCCGUGGCCAAGCCGGCGUGGGAAAGACGACGCUCUGCAAGAAGAUGGUGUACGAAUUCCUCUACAAGGAUAUGUGGGCUGAGGCCAUAGACCGUGUCAUCUGGAUCCCGCUACGCCAGAUCAAAAGCAGCCUCUUUUUAGGAGGACAGAGCAUCGCGAAUCUCCUGAGUGGGCCGCUCCCCGAUGCUGAAAAGGCCGGAGAGGGCACGCUCGGCGAGGCCCUGGAUAGAUCGUUCACGGAGGACCCCAGCAGGACGCUCUUUAUACUAGACGGUUUUGACGAGGUCUAUCGUGAACUGUUUACUGCCGGCAACGAACUGCUUCGCAAGCUAAUCAAUGUGCCUCGGGUCUUCAUAACCGCUCGCCCGCGUGGUGUCAAUCGCGAGCUCUUCCAGGACAUUCAUUUGGAGCUCGAAACAAUUGGAUUCUAUCCGAUCCAAGUGAAGGAAUACAUCGAGAAGCAUGCCGGCGAUCACGCAACAGAGGUUCAUUCGUUCAUCGAGCGCCACCCUGUGGUGGCUGGCUUGGCUCGUAUUCCCAUCCAGCUCGACGCCAUCUGCUACAGCAUGAUGGCCGGGACGCUGGAUGGCAAUAGCCCCCCAGAGACUAUGACCGAGCUUUACCACGCCAUAGAGACGUCGCUUUGGCACAAGGAUGUCGAGAUGCUUGAGAAGCGUCGCGAAGGCAGUGAUGAACCGGUGUUGAAACAUGAAGCACAGGCUUCUUAUCCAGACGAUGUCAAACGUCUGUGCCAGGCUGAGAUCAAUGCCCUCCAGGCUCUUUCUUUCACCGGACUCUUUAACAGCAUUGUUGAAUUCGACCCGGCCUUUCUCAGAAGCUUCCAUGACGUGCAGAGUAACAUUACGAGUCAUCUCUCUACACCCAAAGCACAGCCAUGGUUUACAGACUUGGACAAGCUCUCUUUUCUGAGGACCUCAGACGGACCGCUAACACCAGCCACUCGAAGCUAUCACUUUCUGCAUCUAACGUUCCAGGAGCUGUUUGCCGCGCAGUUCUUUGUCCAACACUGGAUGUUGAAGAAGGAUCUCAUG